UUCGCUCUGUCCGUCUUCUCUUCUUCCUAAAUUUGUGGAAUUUUAACGUGUUUGUGUUCAAAAAAUUCAAUAAUUUAAGUUACAAUUAAUUUUUACGCAAUCGUAGGUCAAAUUAUUGAGAACAAUAUUUCUUCUAUUUAGAAUUUGUGUUCAAUCCGAUUUUUAAGAAAGGUUUCCAUCUCACGAUUAUAUAAUUUAAUCAAUGACAUGUUAAAUUGCAGUCCAUGUUGAAACAUCUUGUGGUGAAAUUUUUAUAACUUCCUGUGUUUACAUGGCAGAUUACUAUGUGUAAAAGUUUAAAUUAAAAUGAAAAUUUCUAAAAAUCUAGCUUAUUUAAAAUAUAUGAGUUUUCACACAUUGCAUUAAAAGGUCAUAUUACGACCUUACUUAAAAGUACCUUCUAUUUUAAAAUAAUGAAAGUUGUCACUAGUGUUGGUCUUGUCGGAGAACCACCGGGCAGAUAGUAUUCCAUACGUGAAUUUAUUUAUUUGUUCUCAUUUCUGCUUCAAUUGAGAAUCUGAAGAUGCCAUAUUUGCUCCUUGCUAAAGGAGAUCAACCACAAGUUGUUAUUAUUGAAGAGGGAACUGAUGAUCAGUUGGAGGCUCAUGGAUAUUUGGAAAGCCCAUGUCGAAGAUGUAUAUACCAUACAUUUUGUUUCCUCACAGCAGGCAUAUUGCUUCUGCUGGUUAAAUGGUAUCCUAACUGGAGGGUAAAAUUAAUUUGCAGGCCAUGCAGUGUUUCAUCCGCUAAUGUACUUAUUUUAAAAGAUCUCCACGGUAGUGUGUCAGUAAUAAAUGUUAUUGUACAGCCUGUGACAUUUACACUACCUCCAGAGCUUGCAUAUUCCAGAUCAUUAUCAUCUGUAAACAAUCAUCAUGAAAAUUCAAUGAACUUCAAUUAUUCUCCGGCCAUUUCAUAUCGUUACUUCAUUCAUAAUUGUGUGAAAUAUGUGUGGGAUAGCAAAAACUUGUGUUUUAAACGGUUAAGGGGCUAUGACUAUGGAGUUCGUUGCUCAGAAUUUUAUGAUCGGUUCUUUGGAUUCUCAGAUGUUGAAGAAGGAGAAAUGCGGGAAAUUUAUGGACCAAAUACUAUUACCAUAGAUGUCAGCUCCUAUUUAACAUUAUUUAUUGAAGAGGUGUUAAAUCCUUUCUAUAUAUUUCAAAUUUUCAGUAUAAUUUUGUGGUUAAUUGACAACUAUAGGAUAUAUGCAAGUUGCAUUCUCAUUAUUUCAUUGACAUCCAUAAUUCUCACCCUUCGAGAAACUAAAAAACAACAAAAAAUCUUGCGAAAUAUGGUUGCAAAAUCAAAUUCGGUUGAAGUGACUGUAAGAAGAAAUACAGGAGUUUUUGAGGAUGUGCCAGCGGCAGAUUUAGUACCUGGAGAUGUUAUAGCUAUACCUCCUCAUGGUUGCUUAAUGGCUUGUGAUGCUGUACUAAUUGCUGGAAAUUGUAUUGUUAAUGAAAGCAUGUUAACUGGUGAAAGUGUUCCUGAGACAAAAACACCACUGCUUAAGCUUGAUGAUGAAAUUUACUGUCCCACUGUUCACAAACGCCAUACUCUUUUCUGUGGUACAGAAAUUAUACAGACAAGAUACUAUGAAAACAACAGAGUUCUAGCUGUUGUUACUAGAACUGGUUUUUCAACUUCUAAAGGAGAAUUGGUGAGAUCUAUACUGUUUUCCAAACCAGUAGGCUUUAAAUUCUAUAAAGAUGCCUACCAGUUUGUUGCUUUGCUGUUUUUCAUAUCUGCAUUUGGAAUGGCAUAUUCAAUUUAUUGCUACAUUCUCAGACAUUCUCCUAUAGGUCAAACAAUUGUUCGGGCUUUAGAUAUCAUCACAAUUGUAGUUCCUCCAGCCCUCCCUGCUGCUAUGACUGUUUCUAUUAGUAUUGCUCAAAAUCGUCUAAGAAAGCAAAAGAUCUUCUGCAUUAACCCACCAAGAAUUAAUAUUUGUGGAAAGCUGAAAUUAAUAUGUUUUGAUAAGACUGGAACUCUGACUGAAGAAGGACUUGAUUUUUGGGGUAUCAUUCCUACAUUUGAGGGAAAAUUUAGAGAACUGGAACAUACCGCUCAUAACUUAAACGACAAGAGCCGUAUGAAAAUUUGCAUGUCCUCAUGCCAUUCUCUUACUAUUAUUGACAAUGAAUUGAGAGGUGAUCCAAUGGAUUUGAAAAUGUUCCAAGCAACAAAAUGGGAAUUGGAAGAACCUGGUAAUGAUACCACUAAAUUCGAUGUUUUGAUUCCUACUGUUGUUCGUCCAACUACAGAAACACUGCCUUUAUGCAAUGGUGUUGAAUCGGGAGACAUUAUGUUAACUCAAGAAACUAGUCAUGAAAGUAAAUUACUUAGUAUACCUAUGUCUCCUACUAAAGACUGCUCACUGCUUGAAGAGAAUCCUCCCUACGAAGUAGGUAUUAUUCGCCAAUUCCCAUUUUCUUCUGGUCUUCAACGAAUGAGUGUUAUUUGUAGAACUUUAGGAGCUGAACAUUUUGAUUUAUAUUGCAAGGGAGCACCUGAAAAAAUAACCUCUUUGUGCCUUUCAGAAACAGUACCAGUUAAUUUCCCUGAAUUGCUUAAGCAUUAUACUGUACAAGGUUACAGAGUUAUUGCUCUUGCCUAUCGAGAAUUACGUCCUGAUCUCAGUUGGCGUAAAGCUCAAAAGGUUAAACGGGAAGAUGUGGAAAAAGAUCUGACUUUCUUAGGGUUGCUGAUUUUACAAAACACACUAAAACCUCAAACAACUCCAGUCAUAAAAACUUUGUCAGAUGCCAAAAUUCGUACAGUUAUGGUGACAGGAGAUAAUGUCAUGACUGCUUUGAGUGUUGCACGUGAAUGCAGUAUGAUACCGGAGUCCGACAAAGUCAUAGUUGUUAAAGGUUUUCCGCCUGACCAUGAAAAACCUGCUUGUUUAAAUUUUGAGUAUGCUGAUAUUCCAAGCAUGAGCCAUUCAAACUCUACUUUAUCUGAAGCAGUUUCAUCAAUUCAUGGAGAUUGCAGUCCUGUGUUGGCUCGUUACAUCGAAACAAAGUUUAAUAAUUAUCAUUUUGUAAUGGAUGGUAAAGCAUUUGCAGUCAUACGUUCUUAUUUUCCUGAAUUGCUUAAUAAGGUUCUUCUUCGUGGUACAGUCUAUGCUAGAAUGAAUCCAGAUCAAAAAACUCAACUUGUUGAAUCUUUGCAAGCCAUUGGAUAUGUCGCAGGAAUGUGUGGUGAUGGUGCUAAUGAUUGUGGUGCUUUGAAAGCUGCAGAUGUUGGUAUUUCCCUUUCUGAUACAGAAGCAUCAGUUGCUGCCCCCUUUACUUCUAAUAUUGCUGAUAUCACAUGUGUACCUAUAGUGAUUAGGCAAGGCCGAACUGCAUUAAUGACAUCAUAUGCUACUUUCAGAUUUAUAGCCUUAUACAGUUUAACUCAAUUUAUAUCAGUUCUUAUUUUAUACACAGUAGAUACAAAUUUAACAGAUCAAAUGUUUUUAUGGAUUGAUAUGGGACUUAUCACUUGUUUUUCUCUUGCAAUGGGUUAUGCCAAGGCUUAUGAUAAGCUUGUACCACAACGUCCUCGUUGCAGUCUCUUCAGUGUACCCAAUGUUGUUUUCCUCCUAGGACAAGUUUUAUUUAUAGUGGUUGCUCAAGUUCUAAGUCUCAUUUAUUUACAACAUCAAAAAUGGUAUGUACCAGUUGUAACUGAAGAAGAGGACAUUUUUCCAUGCUGGGAAAAUACUGUAGUCUUCUUUGUUUCGUGUUAUCAAUAUCUUAUGAUGGCAUAUCUUGUUUCUGAUGGCCCACCCUAUCGCAAACCUUGGUAUACAAAUUACUUUCUGCUUCCUCUUUUGAUUAUUGGAUUUCUGAUUACCACUUUCUUAGUGUUCAAUCCUUUUCCUGUGAUUGCUCCAUAUGUUGGUAUUGAGACUUUCAAAAUAAACGAACAUCUGUUAUUUAGAGCUACAUUAGUAAUGGUGGCAGCUUGCAAUUUUUUCCUGGCUGUUGCUUUUGAUAUCAUGGUUGCAAAUGCUCAAUGGCUAAGGGCAUUUGUAAGAAUCAUCAAACAGAAAAAAGAACCUAAAAAUGAAUUUAAGCGAAUUAAUUUAGAACUUUCUAAAGAUUAUAACUGGCCACCUAUUGACCAACCUAUUUGUGCGAGUGGACCAAUAUUGAUUUGCCAAUGACGAUUACUAUAACUUAGUGCCUUUGUUUUGUUCUUUUCACUGAAUGUAAUGUUUUUCUACAGAAAAAUGUAACAAAAAAUGCAUUUUUUGCAUUCUAUUUUCGUAAAUUUCCAUAUCCAUUUUAGGAUAAGUGUGAAGAUUUUUAUAUUUUUAGGGAAUAUACAGGGAUGAUUGGGGAAACUUACAUCCCUUUCUCCCCUUUCUUUGUCACACAAUACCGUAAUUCAUUUUUAAUAUAGUAUGCUCGCUAUUUAUGAAUCAGCCUACUACCCUUUCUAACUAUAAAAAAAAAACUUGCAAGAGAAGAUAAAUUUCUUUAGAAAUUAAAAAUGACUUGUGAUAAGUUUUUUACUUAUAUUUUUUUAUUAAAUAUAUAAGUACUAGGCAAUAUAUAGGUGUUUGGUGAUAGGUUUGAAAAUCAUUGGGGCUUUAGAAAAUUUGCUUGAGAAGUUUUAGAAUUUAAUGUUUCGCUUACAAUAUAUAUUUUUGUGUUACAUAAGAACAAAAUUAUCUAGUCUUCUGAAACUGUUAUUUGGUGCUGCAGGCUUUUGUGGAGUCAGAACAUUCAUAUACCCUGCUGCAGUUGUCAAAAUUGACAUCUAAAUAUAUUAUCUUGCAUGAAAUAUUCCUUGGUUAUAAACAUAAUGUCACUAGCCAACACGACGGCAUGUGUUUUAUCUACACUUAUUUCAAUGAUGGAACUUAAAACUUAUCUUUUUUUAGUAAAAAAACUGUUAGCAAUACUUAAUUUUUUUUUCUUAGUGAGGGCAGUGGUUAGAAAGAUUGGUUUCCCAAAGGACUGACUGUAUGGUUUAAUAUAUUUUAAUCAGGGAUGCACAACCAUUGGUGGGUCACAAAAACUAGAAAAUAACAUGUUAGCCAACAUUUACUUCAUUAGAUUCUGGAUGCCAGUAAUAUGAAUGGCUUACAAAUAUGUUACUAUUUUUUUUUCUUUUACCCUAGUACAGAUAAUAAAAAUUAAAAUAUUGAAAACUAUUUAAUGUAAAUAAAUCUAGUUGAAUGUAGAUACAAAGCAAUUAUAGGUAAAUAGAACAAGAGAAAAAAACAAAGCUAAAAAUUUUCAUUUACUUCAAAAGUUUUCUCAUUUUGUCCAGAAAACAAAAUUUGUGUCUAAUAAUUUAAAGCAAUAUGAAACCUAGAUAAUGCAAUUUUAUAAACCUCAAUUUUCCAAAAACCGAGUAAUAUCUGGAGGAAACCAAAAUAGAUAAAUUUGUUGUAUAUUUCUAAAAUUUUAUUUCUGCUCUUAAUUUCAAUUUUUUUCCUAUAAAUACUUAAGUGUAUAUUUUUGUCUUUGAGCAUUUUUUAAUGAAUUAUGAUGUUGAUCUGUAUUUUUAUAGUGCCAUGUUUAGUUGGUAAGUUUAAUGGCACUUUAAAUGAUUUUCAUAACACAAAAUUCCAUUUAAUGUGAAACCUCAUAUUUGCAUGUUUACGUUAUAGGGAUCUUUUACUGUAUUAGGUUAAUGUAUUUAAAAUUUAUCAUAAUUGAAUACUCUAAUUUAGUUGAGUAAUUCAUUAUUACAGAGCACUACCAACAAAAAUAUUUUCUGUUUUUUUUUCUUCUUCAUUUUAGUUAUUAAUAUUUAAAACAUUUCAAGAUUCAUGUUAAAAGGCUUCAUGAACUUUGCCUUGUGAACUAUGAAUUCUGCAUCCUUGGUUUUAACUGUAAUAAAAAGUAAAGAGCAUAUAUGUAAAUAUAUUGUAUGUAUAUGUAAGUAAGAGCAUUUUCACUAUGACUGAAUGUUGUGUAUUUGUUAGUGUAUAUUGGUUUGGAAUGUUUUAAAAAUAUGUUAUCAUUUGCCUGUAUGACAGCCAGAUGCAGGAGUUAUAUUGAUACAUAUGUUUGCUUCUGUUUGGUUGUGUGAGUAUGAAUUUUGUGAUAAAUAGAGUAUUAAAUUUAUAAGAUCAAUCAUACUUAAAAAUUUGUUUAGUUUGUUUUGAGAUAAUUAAAAGUACAGUAGCGCCUUGAUUAUUCUAGUUAAUUGGGGGCAGUCCUUAUUUACUUGAAAUAAUAUGAUAUUUGAUAUGCUUCGGUAACAUCACAUUUUAAUAUAUUAACCUCACUUAACUCGAAAAAUCUAGGUUUUUUUUAAUAGUAUAUGUUAUUUAAAUAUAUUCCAACAACCAUUUUAUAAAUGUAUUUUCGUCAAAUAAGUGUAAAGCUAUUUUAUUUUAAAACUAACUUGCACUUUAAUCUCUUAUAUUGAUUUUCCUUUUUUUUUAAACAAACUAUUUUUAAGAAGUAGCAUCUAAUUUUGAAUUUAGCUGAUUUUUGAAAUAGGUUUUAUUGACUUAUAUUUACGAGCUUUCUAACAAUUUCAUUCUUACUGCAAAAUAUUUUUCUUACACGUUUAACAUCAUGCUUUCUUUUAAGAAGAGUUGAAAGUAUAACAUUUAGGCUACACUAACCGUUAUGAAGGGGAAAAAACACACAGAUAAAACAAUGAAAAUUGUGCGUCUUAAAAUUUGGAUAAUCGAGGUUCUACUGCAUUUCUAAAAUUUGCUUGAUUUCCAUAUCACCCUCUCAACACCAGCUUGUCAAAUUUUGAGCCGCUCAAUCAUCCCUGCUUAUGAAUGCUUUAAAUUAUUCUCUAACGUUUAGUAUUAAUUUAUUUUUGUACAUGCAUUUUUGAAAAUGCAUUAAAUUUUUUGUAAAAUGUUUUUAACUAUGUUAGAUAGAAAAUUCUUGUGAAUAAUUUGUUUGAUUGUAGUGAGUUGUGUACUUUGAAAGGGACCGAAUCUGUAAUGUUUCUAAAGUGUGUUUCCUUGCUGUUUUCUACAAAACAUUAAUUUUUGUACAAAAUUUUUUUAUUGCUUCUUUUUAGUUGAAGCUUUAACUUAUUUUCCGAAUUUUCAUGCAAUAAGCUUGAUAAAAAUCAGUUUACAUGAUUUUUAACUAUAUUUUUCCUUAAUGAAAUAUUAUCACUUUAAAGUAGUUAUGAAGUCCAAAUAAUUUUGUGAAAUACAUACUAAGUUAAAUUUAAAGCAUGAAUUUACUCUUAUUUUUCAAAUUUACCAUCUAUGUGAUACUGUCCCAACAAAAUAUGUGAUUUUUUUUAUUAUUAGUAUUAUAUAAAGUUUAUUUAUAUAAAAAAAAAAAAUUUCAACAUGUUAUUAUUAGCAGUGUGAUUAAUUAGCCAUGGUUGUUGGCACAUAGCUGUAGUUUGAGCUUAGAUUUUGACUAAUAUUAUUUGAAAAAUAAAUCAGAAAGCUACUUCAUAAACUUUGUUAAACCAAUUUUUUUUAAAAUGGUGAUACUGUUAGUCAUUGUUUUAACCCUAUUACUUUAGAUGCAUUUACUUUCAAAAUUUUAACACGUUUAGUGUUAUUGUAAUUAAUAUUACAAAUAAACAUCAUUGUUACAAAAAAAUAGGUUUAGUGUGUGAAACGUUUAGUUUGUAUACUGUUCCUGUGAAUAAGUAUGUAUUUAAUCUGUGUAAUAUGUAGAUAAUCAGCUAAAUUGUUUACGAAAUUAUUAAUUAUGCAAAUUGAAAAAUGUAAAAAUUUUAAUUUAUAUUGUAAAAUUUGAAAAAUUAUCAGUAAAUAUAUUGUUUGCAAGUAUUUCGCUAAAUAAAUAUUUGGUUGCAAUA